CAUUCUGCCUUUGAAUUCGCACUGUACUGAGACUUCCUCACCAGCAACAAGAUCACAGCAGCAACACAAGAACAGCAGGAAGAAGCCAUGCAGUCUGCCGAGCCGAAGAACCAGAAGAGCUGCCUGGUUGCUACCCUGAGCCGGUACACCUCUGCUGUGCGCAACAUGGAGCACACGAUCAUGCUGCCCAGUCUUCUCCGGGACGUCCCCCCCAAGGAGCCCGAGGACACCUUUGCAGCAGAGGGCAACAAUAAAGACCUAUAUGAAUACUACCUCAUGUUGAAGUCUGUCAGGAACGUUGUGGAGAGCGGGCUGAUGCCCCCCGAUGAGCGGAAAGCCCUCAGCGCCCCAAUGGAGACCCUGGAGGACUCGGAUCCAGAGACCCUCUUCCAUUUCCACCUGACGGGGCUCUUCUCGGUUCUCAACAACCUCACCACGUCGUCCCACGUGCUCACCAGACGAUACAAAGAAGUCAUCGGCCUGUCCAACUAGAACCAAAGCAUGCGAAACCACGCAAAAAGAACAAUCCACCAGCAUCAAAGAAUCUACUAUGACCAAGCGAACAACUGCUGUUUUCAAGAAACAAAGUUAUCAUACAGCCAAUGUAAACAUUAAUAAAAUGGUUUAAUCUGA